CUCGUCUCUUCAUUCGCUAGCGUCAAAAUUGCUGUGGGCCUUGCCAGCUCCUCUUGGAGGAAAUUUGCAUCAUGCAGGAGCCUGAGGACUCAGGAGGACGGAUUCACUGAGCUAUGAUCUAUUCGGCUGCCCCGCUGCUCCUGGCCAUGACUCUCCUUCUGGUGGGGUCACCACUUGCUCAGGCAUCCCAACCUGGACAGAGUCAGACUGGAGGGGAAUCGGGGCAGCAGUUGGAUCAAAAGGGUGGAGCAAGUGAGUCAGUCUUGGCCUCAGUCUAUGUACAGCUGGACUUCUUACACCAGACCUGGCCAUUGGCACUCUCCAGAACCCUGACUCUUGCCUUUGCCUCGGUUUCCACUACCCCAAGAGCUCUCACUGGCCUCAACCUCACCACAGAAUGCAGCAUCCACCAGGAUGGCUCUACCUACUGCGCCUGCCUCUCUGGGUACCGGUGGAACGCCAGCGUCUGCUCCCAUCGCCGUCCCUGCCAGAGCCCCCACAGCCGCGGGCCCUGUGGCUGUCUGGUCUUCAGCCCUUCUGAGGCUGGGUACUGCCAGCUGCUGCCACCUGUCCCUGGAAUACUGAGCCUGGACUCCGAGGUACAGAUGCCUGGCAACACACUGAAUGUGACCUUCGUCACCAGCCAUGAGACCACCAACCGAAACUGGUUCCUGCGGCCCUCCGGGAGCCCCAAACCCAUCCUCCUGCAGCCAGGGACACAAGUGUCCCUGACCUCCAGCCCGGGCCUGGCUGUCCUCAGCAUCGUCAACAUCUCCCAUAAAUGGGCAGGUGAGUACAUGUGCUGCUUUGAAGCUCAGGGAUUCAGGUGGGAGCUGAACCAGGUGGUGAAGGUGCCCCUGCAGGCAACAGACGUGGCCCGGCUUCCAGACCAGCUCUCCGUCUCCUGCGCCACCAGCCCCGGCUUCCAGCUGAGCUGCUGCCUCCCCAGCACACACCUCACCUACACGGCUUCCUGGAGCCCCGCAGAGGGCAGCAAAGCCUCCUUCGUCAACACACCGGGCUCCCAGUGCUUCGUGCUGGCCGUUCAGCGCUGCCCUGCGGCUGACACCACGUACACUUGUGAGCUGCAGAGCCCAGGACUGAACCCUCUCAGGGUCCCCGUCUCUGUCACCAUCAUCCGGGACGGAGACACCACCUGCCCCGAAGCCUCCUCAGCUGUUGCCUGGAACGUCACCAAGGCUGGCCAUGUGGCACAGGCCCCGUGUCCUGUGAAUAGGACCGGUGUGGUGAGGCGGACCUGUGGCCUCGAUGGCAGUUGGGAGCCCAUCUGCAGUGGCUGCACAGACACAGGGCUGCUGGCCUUGUCUCACAGAGCCUGGCUGCUGCGGGCAGGCCAGGGCUGGCCAGCUGCGGAGGUGCCCCAGAUCCUGGCAGAGCUGUCGCAGCAGGCUUUGGCGGUGAGCUCGCCCUCCGACUUAUUGGCACUGCUGGGCACCAUUUCAUUCCUGGCCAAGGUGGUGGUGGAUGCUAGAACACAGCUUAACCGCAGUGCCCUGGAGGCUCUCCUGAAAACCACAGACAAGGUCCUAGACAUGGACGCCAGCUCUCUGUGGACCCCAGCCCAGGAGCAGAAGCCCUCAAUGGGCUCAGAUCUCCUGCUGGCUGUGGAGACCCUGGCACGCAGCCUGUGCCCUGAGGAUCACCCCUUCUCCUUCCGCUUGCAAAAUGUGCAGCUGCAGACCCAGCUCCUUGGGCCCACGGUCCCCGCUGACUACAGGGUCUCCUUCUCCACGCAGCCCCCACUGCAGGCACACAUUCCCAGGUGCUCACUGGCCCCGCUGGGUCAUAAUGGAACCAACAUCAGUAUUACUAGCCUGGUGCUGCAGAAACUGGACCAUCUUCUGCCCUCAAACUAUGGACAGGGGCUGGGGGACUCCCUCUAUGCCACUCCUGGUCUGGUCCUCGCCAUCUCCAUCACGGCCGGUGGCCAGGCCUUCGACGGGGGAGAAGUCAUCAUGGACUUUGAGGAUGCAGGUGGCACUCCGCACUGUGUCUUCUGGGACCACAGUCUCUUCCAGGGCAAGGGGGGCUGGUCAGGUGAAGGGUGCCAGGUGCAGACAGCUCCUGCCAGCCCCACCACACGGUGCCUCUGCCAGCACCUCACUGCUUUCUCCAUCCUCAUGUCCCAGAACACGGUUCCAGAAAACCCCACCUUGGAGCUGCUGAGUCAGGUGGGCUUGGGGGCCUCCAUCCUGGCCCUGCUGGUGUGCCUAGGUGUGUACAGGCUGGUUUGGAGAGCUGUGGUGCAGAACAAAGUCGCCUACUUACGCCACAUGGCCCUGCUCAACAUGGUGCUCUGCCUUUUGGCUGCAGACACCUGCUUCCUGGGAGCCCCCCUGCUUCCUCCGGGGCCCCGAAGCCCACUCUGCCUGGCCGCUGCCUUCCUCUGUCAUUUCCUCUACCUGGCCACCUUUUUCUGGAUGCUGGCUCAGGCCUUGAUGUUGGCCCACCAGCUGCUGUUCGUCUUCCGUCGGCUGUCCAAGUGCAGAGUACUCUCCCUGAUGGUGGGCCUCGGCUACAUGUGCCCAAUGGGGUUUGCAGGCGCCGCCCUGGGCCUCUACCUACCCCGAGGGCAGUACCUGGGGGAGGGGGCAUGCUGGUUAAGUGGGAAGGGAGGGGCGCUCUACACCUUCGUGGGGCCGGUGCUGGCCAUCGUGGGCGUGAAUGGGCUGGUGCUCGCCAUGGCUGUCCUCAAGCUCCUGAGACCUUCGCUGUCAGAGGGGCCCCAGGCGGAGAAGCGCCAAGCCGUCCUGGUGGUCAUCAAAGCCCUGCUCGUUCUCACACCCCUCUUCGGCCUCACCUGGGGGCUGGGCCUGGCCACCCUGCUGGAGGAGGUCUCCGCUGUUCCUCACUACAUCUUCACCCUUCUCAACGCCACCCAGGGUGUCUUCAUCUUACUCUUCGGCUGCCUCAUGGACAAGAAGGUGCGAGAGGCUUUACUCAAACGCGUCUGCCGCUCCCAGUCCCCCAACUCCACCAGCUCCCUGGCUACGUGUGAAACCUCCAUCCCGGAGCACAGCAAAGGAAGAAGGGAGGACGCCAGAUGAGAGGCAAGCCUGCCUGGCAGCAGCGUGGGCAGCAUGGAGGGAGCGGAGUGUGGCAACGGGCUUCCUGGCAAAGGCUCCUCUUCACAUAACCGACGGUCGCAGCCCAAGGGGUGGAAAACAGACUUUUCUAACCCAGACAUUUCUAGACGGGAGGGGGAAGGUGGAGGCCUCAGAAAGCAGGCAUAGCGUCUUCCACUGCUUUUACAGAAAGCUGCAGGGAGUUUUACCACCACUGACCCUUGGCUUGGUCCACUCUGAAAAUUCCUUUGUGCACCGUCAGAUUUUUUUAAUUAUCCUGAAAAUCCUUUGCUUUGAAGGAGUUGCCGUUGAUGGGCAUGGUGUCCAGAGGGGUGGGCAGCCUGCAGAGGUGGUGGAAGGUCUCCUUCACCAGCCCCGAGCUUCAGGAGAGGCAGAGGCUUUGAGUGAACCACACGCAGAGCCCAUGUUCCUCCUCCAACGGAGUUGGGGGAACGUUCCAGAAUCCAGCAGGGAAUCACACCCUUCUGCCAUCCCCGAGCUCAGCCCCCUGCACAGACGGGCUUAUGUUUCCAUUCAUCAUGUUUCCUUCUCUCGCAGGUCACCUGUCCACACCCCUAAACUAUCCAAGCAAAAAUAGUAUGAAAAACUAGCUAAAGCUACCUGUUAUACAUGCCUGCCUUUGCUGUAAACAUAAUCAACAGAUAUUAAAGUUCAAAAUAAUUGCAAGUAAAA